AUGUUGGAGGAAGCCAUAUAUUCUCAAGGAUUUGAAGGCUAUCCGGGAACCCUUCUUAGACAAGACGGUAUCGAUUUUUCCAACGUUUCUACAUUAAGAUUGGAUUACCGCAGUAUGCCUGUCAACAAUGCCAUAAAAGUGGUUUUAGAUAUCUUAAAAAUUGAUCAUCUGUGGAGAUUCGACAAACUCGUCAAACUACAGUUAGAUAACAAUAUUAUUGAAAAGAUUGAAGGAAUAGAUCAUCUCGUUCACUUGAGAUGGCUUGAUCUGUCAUUCAACAACAUCAAAGCCAUAACUGGGCUGGAGAAACUGGUGAAUCUGGAAGAUCUGAGUUUAUACAGCAAUCGAAUUCAAAGUCUGGAGAAUUUGGACACUUUGCGGAAGUUGGAGGUUUUAUCGAUAGGACGGAACAAACUGACGGAUACUGAAGAUAAGGAACAAGCCUAUCAAACGCACCAGCUGCUCGUAGAUGAGCUUACGGCCAAAGAAAUGAAUGAACAGGAAUUGGAGAAACAGAAAAUGGAAAUGGAUUCCCAAAAGGCGAUGCACCGAAGGGCUUUUGUUACCGGUCUGGAUAAUGACAGAAUAUUUGAAGUUCUGUUCCAAGAUGACCCCGAAGGAAAGGAGAUGCUACAAAUUUCAGAAUUUGGGCACAGCAUAAAAGCAUAUCCUUUUUAGGCAUUCACAAAGGAAUGCAAGGGUGUGUUCGAGUUGGGAUUGAAUGAACUGGAAAAGCGAGACAAAGAACUGGCCGACUUUUGGUCCGCUUUGAACCUUACAAAAAAGGAGAACUACGAGAAAGGAACGAAGUUACUUGAUGACUUCAGACUAUAUCAAAAAGAGACUCUUCAAGAACUAGAAACCUUGAGCGAUGAAGUGGCACUCGAGGAGAAGAUGAAGGAUUAUAAUCAGCGGGUCAAUGCUCUGCAAUAUGCACUGAUGCACAACGAAUUCAUUCUAGUCGAGCAGCUUGACGAGCUUAUCAAGGACUUUGAGUUGAACAUGAAGGAUAUGAUCGAUUCGUUCAUCGAACACGUUGAGGAACAUUUUGUGGAAUGUCGAGAACAACAAGCUCAGUUCAACGAGAAGCUCACCGAUCUCACCUCACUGGUUUUGGAUCGAUUCCUGCGCGGAGACUAUACGCCAAAUGUUUCAGACCAACUAAUCACGAUGUUCAUCGACAAAAGUACGGUGACCAAUGCCCUCCAAGCUAGCCACGAUGCCCACUUGCUUCAGAUAGACAAUCUGGCGGACAGCAUUGGCAAGCAGGCCAGAGACUGGUACAAAGAACUUAUGGACGACAUAUGGAAAAGGGAGGGUCACCAGCGAAACCGGAACAAAGUGAUGGAGCUAAACUUGAUUGUGGAUGCUUUCCGCAGAGCGUUCGCUACCGCAGGUGCUAACGUUCGCAACCGAAAGUCCGAAGACGAAAUCCCAACAUCACAAGAGUUACAGAUGACUUCAUCUAUCCUGCUAACACAUCAACCAAGUUUUUGAGUUGCUUUAUUC